AUGACCGUUGAGGAAGUCCUCCAAGGCGGCGGCGAUAUGUGCAAAACCAUCGAAGUCGCCGUCGUAGAACCACCACAACUCAAACCUCUCACGAAGCUCUCGCCGCCGAGCCUCGACGACUUCGACCCCACCGACGACGACGGGUUUUAUAUUCCUCCUCUGAACUUCGCGAUGGUCAACAAUGGCAUUUUCAGAUGCCUUUGUCCAGAACCGUACCCGGAGGCAAAUGUCGAGUUUGUCAAGUCAAAUGGGAUUCAAUUAUUUCAAUUCGGGAUCGAAGGUUGCAAGGUCAAGAAUGAGGAAGAGGAAUCCAGCACUGGGCAUCUUUCUAUUCUGAUGAUGAGUGUUAAAAACGACACACAGGAUUGA